ACAUCAUAUGUGAAUGUAUGCAGUGGCCAGGAGCAUACUGUGACUCAAAGUACAGUUGUUGCUAUCCUGAGACAGGAAAGCCUGCGACUGAUUUCACCAUUCAUGGACUUUGGCCUGAAUACAAGGAUGGCUCGUAUCCUUCAAACUGUGAUCCUAACAGUGUCUUCGAGAAAUCUCAGCUCUCAGACCUCAUGACCAAUCUGCAAAAGGAUUGGCCAUCACUUAGCUGCCCAAGUAGCAAUGGCUUUAGGUUCUGGUCACAUGAAUGGGAAAAACAUGGGACAUGCUCAGAAUCUCAAAUUGACCAACAUGACUACUUUGAAGCAGCUCUCAAUCUAAAGAAAAAAGUAAACCUGCUACAAAUACUCAGGGUUGCAAGAAUUGAACCAGAUGAUGGAUUUUACAGCUUAGACAACAUUGUAAGAGCAAUAAUAAAGGGCAUUGGGCACACUCCUAGGAUAGAGUGCAAUAAAGAUUCACAUGGUAACAGCCAACUUUACCAAAUCUACUUCUGUGUGGACAGUUCUGGGUCAGAAAUCAUUGAGUGUCUAGUGCCCUCAAAAGGAAGAUGUGCUUCAAAUAAAGUCCAGUUUCCUAAGUUCUAAAGAUUGUGGCUGAGUACUAGCUAGAGGAAUAUAUCUCUUAUCAUUGUUUACUAGUUAUAAUUUGUUUAUGUUUAGUCUUGGAACAAAUUACUAUAAUUUGUCACCUUCUCUAUAAUAAAGUGAUGGCAAGCUUAUGCAUAAUUCUAAUUUGAGCAAUAAGUCAUAUCUUCUCUGUAUUGGUCUAUAAAA